GGCUCUGCCGCCUAGGAUGGAGUACAAUGGUGUGAUCUUGGCUCUUUUGCAACCUCUGCCUCCUGGGCUCAAGCCAUCCUCCCACCUCAACCUCCCAAGUAGCUGAAACUACAGGGUGAAGGCCAUGCCGCCUCCUGGGAAAGUUCCUCGGAAGGAGAAUCUGUGGCUCCAGUGUGAGUGGGGGUCCUGCUCCUUUGUGUGCUCAGCCAUGGAAAAGUUCUUCGAGCAUGUCACUCAGCACCUGCAGCAGCACCUGCACGGCCCUGGGGAGGAGGAGGAAGAGGAAGAGGAGGAUGACCCACUUGAGGAAGAAUUCUCCUGCUUGUGGCAGGAAUGUGGCUUUUGUUCUCUGGACAAUUCUGCUGACCUCAUCCGCCAUGUCUACUUCCACUGCUACCACACCAAGCUGAAACAGUGGGGGCUGCAGGCCUUGCAAAGCCAGGCUGACCUCGGCCCCUGCAUCCUGGACUUCCAGAGCCGGAACGUCAUCCCUGAUAUCCCUGACCACUUCCUGUGUCUGUGGGAGCACUGUGAGAGUUCCUUCGACAAUCCUGAGUGGUUUUAUCGGCAUGUGGAAGCACACAGUCUGUGCUGUGAAUACGAAGCAGUCGGCAAGGACAACCCUGUGGUGCUGUGUGGCUGGAAAGGCUGUACCUGCACCUUCAAGGACCGCAGUAAACUUCGGGAGCACCUCCGCAGCCAUACCCAGGAGAAAGUGGUAGCCUGCCCCACCUGUGGGGGCAUGUUUGCCAACAAUACCAAGUUCUUAGAUCACAUCCGUCGCCAGACCUCAUUGGAUCAGCAGCACUUCCAGUGUUCUCACUGUUCCAAGAGAUUUGCCACGGAGCGGCUGUUGCGGGACCACAUGCGCAACCAUGUGAAUCAUUAUAAGUGCCCUCUGUGUGACAUGACCUGCCCGCUGCCUUCCUCCCUCCGCAACCACAUGCGCUUUCGUCACAGUGAGGACCGGCCCUUUAAAUGUGACUGUUGUGACUACAGCUGCAAGAAUCUUAUUGACCUCCAGAAGCACCUGGAUACCCACAGUGAGGAGCCAGCCUACAGGUGUGAUUUUGAGAACUGCACCUUCACUGCUCGCUCCCUCUGCUCUAUCAAGUCCCAUUACCGCAAAGUACACGAAGGAGACUCUGAGCCAAGGUACAAAUGUCAUGUGUGUGACAAAUGCUUCACACGGGGCAACAACCUCACCGUGCACCUUCGCAAGAAGCACCAGUUCAAGUGGCCCUCAGGGCAUCCCCGUUUUCGGUACAAGGAACAUGAAGAUGGCUAUAUGCGGCUGCAGCUGGUUCGCUACGAGAGUGUAGAGCUGACACAGCAACUGCUGCGGCAACCACAGGAGGGAUCGGGCCUGGGAACGUCGCUGAACGAGAGCAGCCUGCAGGGCAUUAUUCUGGAAACAGUGCCAGGGGAGCCAGGACGUAAGGAAGAGGAAGAGGAGGGCAAGGUUGGCGACGGGACAGCCCUCUCAGCCUCUCAGGACAACCCCAGUUCUGUCAUCCAUGUGGUGAAUCAGACCAAUGCCCAAGGCCAGCAAGAGAUUGUCUACUAUGUGCUGUCUGAAGCCCCAGGAGAGCCUCCCCCAGCCCCUGAGCCACCCUCAGGGGGCAUCAUGGAAAAGCUUCAAGGAAUAGCUGAGGAGCCAGAGAUCCAGAUGGUUUGAAGGCCGCAGAGCCAGACCAUUUCUUCUCCAGGUCCUGGAGUUUGAGCCAGGCAAGUGGUUGUGCCCCUAGUGGACAGCCGUUGCCAAUGGAUGCCUUUAGGAGUGGUGCUGAGAGCAGUGUGGUCCACUCUGGUCUGGGUUUGCAUCAUUCUAUGGACUCUAAAGACUUCCCUUUUCUGCCAGACUGCAUUUUGUGGGGAGCCUGAGGACUUUGGAUUCUUUGAGGGGAUCCUAGGUGUGUGUGUGUUCUUGUUAAAGAGGCUGUUAUCAGGCUUAACCAUAACCCUCAAGACAUGCUUGACGGUGAUUAAAUCCUUAGCUCACAUCCAUUCCCAUCUUUAGGGCUCCUUAGGCCCAAAGAUGGCAUGUGACUGGUCCCUACAAGGGUCCUUUCUUUGUCGCCAGCCAAGGCAUUGAGAACCAAUUAGCCAUUUUCCUCUUAAGGUUUCCUCUACAACCCCAAGGACUUUCAUGAUUAUCCUCAGGGACAGGAUAGGAGGCAUUGAGCGUGUUUAUUAACAAAUUGUUUUUGGUAAUAAAAGAAAUGCUUGGACUCUUACUCAUUUCUUCUUACGUUUGGUGGCAGUUUAAAAGGUAAUGAGGAGAAUAGCCACCCAGAAGAGGAGCUGAAUAGUUAGGCUUGUUCCCCUUCUGGUGACUCAGGUGGUUGGUUUUUUGUUGGCUUAACUGUCCUGUUGUCCUCUCCUCCUCCCCUUGGUGAAACUUCACUAUUUCUUCUUAGAGUAUAUGCCAUUUCCAUGGAGGUCCCAGGUCUUUGGCUGUGAGUGGGCAGUAGUGGUACUAUAGAAUGAACAGGAAUGGGCUCACCAGGAGGAUAGGACAGCUGACCGUGGCCUCACUCUGAAUACUGAUUAGAACCCAGUGCCUCUAGGGUAGGGGUUCUUUACCUGGGAGUGGGAAGGAAGCUGGGGGUACAGAGUGGAUUGGAAAGCCUCCUAGGGAAGGGAGGCAAUCAAAUGGUCCAGGAACCAAACUAAAAAAUUAUGUGUCUGUGCAUUUUCCUGGGGAAAGGAUCUGUUUUUUGCUGGAUUCUCAAAGAGAUUGAAACCUUGCAAAAUAAGAAUCAUUUAGUCUGGUUCAGCUACUUCUCAGCACCCUGUGUCCAUUUUUAUGGUCUACUGCUAUACUAGAGAGGUCAAGGAAAUAGUCUUGGGUGGACAGGAAGCUACCCAAAAAGGAUCUCUGGGCCUUUUUUUUUUUUUUUUAAAGACAAUUCUAUUACUAAAAAAACUUAAGGUCGGGUGUGGUGGUUCAUGCCUGUAAUCCCAACACUUUGGGAGGCUGAGACGGGCGGAUCACAAGGUCAAGAGAUUGAGCCCAUCCUGGCCAACAUGGUGAAACCCUGUCUCUACUAAAAAUAUAAAAAUUAGCUGGACAUGGUGGUGUGCACCUGUAGUCCCAGCUACUUGGGAGGCUGAGGCAGGAGAAUCACUUGAACCCGCGAGGCGGAGGUUGCAGUGAGCCGAGAUCAUGCCACUGCACUCCAGCCUGGCAACACAGCGAGACUCUAUCUCAAACAGACAAAGAAAGAAA